GUCUGAAUGAAUGAUGCGCACUCAGUUGGCACAGACGAGUGAAAGAUCUCCAGAGCUCAGACACUUCAUAGCAGAGAUGAAUUCUUUCUUUUGCGUUUUGUUCCUGGUGGCCACUUGUGGGUUGUCUGUUGGUAUGAUAAGAGAAUAUAGUUACCAAGAACUUAAUCAAGGUGUCUAUUGGUUAACUGCUCAAAGGUAUUGCAGAUAUUACUUCAAAGAUCUGGCUACUGUGACUACUGUUGAAGAACACCAGAGACUUGCUGAAAUCGAAAAAAUCAGUAACAUUAAAACUGACCCAGGCUGGAUUGGGUGGAACAAAGAGAACAAUUACCAAUGGACUUGGUCUGAUGGACAAUCACUUUUUUACUUAAAUUGGAAAUCAGGUUGGCCUUUGGUUGGAAACUUAGGUUGGCUAAAAUACUGCGUUGCUCUGCAAAACGGAUACUUGACUAAUACUUAUUGUAGCAGCGAUUUUAAUUUCUACUGCUACAGAUAUUUGAUUUUGGUGGAAGAAUCUAAGACAUGGGAAGAAGCUCUUCAGUACUGUGCCACUAAGUACACUACGUUGGCCUCUCUACCCAAUGCGACACAAAUGCACCAGGCAAAUUUGGAGCUCACUUUAUCCCAGACAGAGGGUGUGUGGGCCGGACUGCGUUUCAUGGACGCACAAUGGUUCUGGCUGAGUGGAGACUCUGUAGGGACACUGGAUUCUUUGCCAGCAUGUCCAGCUCAACCAUACCGGUGUGGAGCGUUCAACAUAACAACUAACUCCUGGGUGAACCGAGACUGCAAAGAGAAGCGUAAUUUCAUUUGUCACUGGGGCUAAUUUUCCACCAGUUGGAUCCUUCUUCAGGAAGAACAAAUGAUAUUUAUAGCACAAUAAUAUAUACCAUUUAUUAGCUAUAGCGUGUACUUAACUCUAUUAUAGGUAACUGGUUUAUACUAUAGGUAAUCAAUUUUAGAUACUAAUAUAUUACCGAGAGUGUGUGUGUGUGCCCAGGGAUGGGUUGGCACUCCGUCCAGGGUGUAUCCUGCCUUGAUGCCCGAUGACGCCUGAGAUAGGCACAGGC